AUGUCACUAAUAGAAUGUGAUCGUUUCGCGGAUCUCCCACCGUCACGAGUCAGUGUACUUUUCGUUGCUUUUUAUAUCAUAGGACAGCUUGCGCGGCAGCGACAAAGACAAUUGUUCGUAGAGAGACUACCAAAGAACAGUACAUUUUCGCUCUUAGUCUGCAUUCUCAGACCGCUGGUUUAUCAUUAAACAUUUUGUGAAUCAAACAAAAUCGUUGCUGACAAUGCUAGAAUGUCUAGUAGCUAAAUGUUGUCUGUUGUAACUAGAACAUCGAGAUUUGUUAUCCUAAAAUACCUAAUUUCGUCGAUUGAAGAUCAGGACAAGGCUACAGCCGAGCAAGGAGAACAAGACCUCACCCUCAGCAUUUUGUUUGCAGAGACAUACAACAAUGUUAACCCAGAGAAAGAGAAAACGCACUGUGGAAGACUUCAACCAGUUUUGCACCUUUGUGUUGGCCUACGCUGGAUACAUCCCCUAUCAAACAGAGGAGUGGUGGUGUAGUGAGAGCAAGCCCAGGGACAGCAACCCCUGCAGCACCAGCCACAGUACCAGUCCAUGGGCCUACCAGUCCUCUCCUACCUCAGACUGUGGCUCCUCUGCUCAGAGCCAGAAGGAGGAAGGGAAGGAGGUGAAGAGGAGGUCAGACAGGAAGCCAGUCGGGCCUGGUCAGGGGGAGAAGAAGCCUAGAGGAGGAAGUGCCAAGAAGUCUCCCAAUACGAAACAUGCUGCCCCUAGAUCAACGGUCAGCAGAACGCCAGAGAUCCAUGAGCAGCACCAGCCCCAGUCUGGAUGGACCAACCACAACAGCUGUCCUACUGACAACAAAACACAUCCUCUGACAGAUCCCAAACGUGACCAUGACUGUAUACUUCCCCAAUCUUCCCUGACUCAACUCUUCCCUGAAGCCACCCCCAGCAGCUCUCUGUCUGACCACAGGAACAAGACCAACAACGGUCAGACAGACACACCAGACCCCAACGGGUCGGCUGGGAAGAAGAGCGACGCUACAACCCCUCAGAAGAAAGGAAGUGAAGAACAGGAAGUGACAGAGCAGCCAGUUGACAUGACAAUGGCAAGCUGUGAGACGGAGAGGAGCAGUCCUCACAGGCUGGGAGACAGAGAAAAAAAGAGAAGAAAGGAAGAGAAGAGGUCGCGGGAGAGCUGGGAGGGGUCUGGGAGUGAAGGAGGCAUAGACAGGGGUCAGAGGUCAGAUAUCCUGAGGAUGGUGAUGGACAGGAGGUUGAGAGGUCAGCUAGCUGAAGACCAAGAGACAGGCUACCACACAGAGGAGGGCAGCAGCCCCGACCAGGACCGGGACCAUGGAGGGAGCAACUACCAGACAGACCAGGGAGGGAGCGAUGGAGAGGACACGUCUGCAGACAACCGCAAGAUGGAGGAUGAGGAAGACUCGUGGGACCUGAUAACCUGUUUCUGCCUGAAGCCGUUCGCGGGUCGGCCCAUGAUAGAGUGUAGUGAGUGUGGCACCUGGGUGCACCUGUCCUGCGCUAAGAUCCGCCGCACCCACGUUCCUGAGGUCUUCACCUGCCAGCCCUGCCGAGAUACCAAGACCAACAUCAGACGCUCCAACCGGGCGCGGAUCGCCCCCCGCAAACGCUUCAGCGACUAGAGACUAUAUAGCACCAGCUGGUUCAUUGUCUGCGUCCCAAUUGGCAGUAGGUAGCCUAGUGGUUAAGAGCAUUGGGCCAGUAACCGAAAGGUCACUGGUUUGAAUCCCCAAGGUGGAAAAAUCUGCUGUUCUGCCCUUGAGCUAUGUAGCAACCCCAAACAACAACUGCUUCCCGGGCGCUGUUGAUGUCGAUUUAAGGCAGCCUCCCGCACCUCUCUGAUUCAGAGGGGUUGGGUUAAAUGCUGAAGACACAUUUCGGUUGAAUGCAUUCAGUUGUUCAACUGACUUAGGUAUCCUAUAUAGUGAACUACUUUUGACCAGAGCCCUAUGUAGGGUGUAGGGUGCCAUUUGGGACGUUGACCACUAGUGAGCAUCAAGUUCUAAGUUCUAUGCUGGUCCAUUUUUUCAAUCUGCAAAAACCGCCACCAGGGUUGUGUUCAGUAAGACACAAAAAAAGUAAAUUAACUUCUGUUAUUGGACAAGUCCAGGUAGUCCUCCCUGUUUCGGUCCUUUUUCUUCCAUUUUGUGCCUAAUGAACACGACCCAGGACACUGGGUUUAUUUACAAUAAAUAUACAUUUAAAAAAUAAAAUAAGAAAACAGUCAAACUAUCAACACAAAUAAACACUUUACAUUCCAGUAAAAUGUACAAUGUAGCAACCGGUGAAUGGCAACAUGAGUCUAUGAGUCUAUGGUUGUGUUCACCUGCUCAGAUGUUACAUUCAUCAACCAAUGGUUGCGUGCCACAUCAACUGUGCCGUUGGGCACCAGAUUGUUAUAACAUAUGUGGCUAGCUGAUACUUAAUACCUAUCCAGGGAUUGUAAGAUCCUAUCACUCUCACCAGAACAGUACAAUGUCCAUGCAUUCACAGACAAUCAUGUCUACUCAGGAAGGAAUGAGAGGCUACAGGAGAGUGAGAAAGAGGGAUUGGGGGAAUGGAGUGAGGGCAGGGGUGAAAGAGGAAUGUGUUUGGUAACGGUCUGCUGUUAUUGUUGUGGUGAGAACAUAACAUCUUCUCACAUGCUAAUCUCAUUUACCCCCACCCCUCCAUUCUGCCACCCACCCAUAUCUUCCUCCCUCCCUUAAUUACUCCCUCCUUCCACCCAUCUCUUCAUUUGUGCAUCACUGAACCUAAGGGCUUGCCUUGGCUCAUCUACACUAGUAUGUUCAAUUCACUACUAUGUAGGGAAUAGGGUGCCAUUUGAGACCCAUGGACAGGUUUCUGGGGACUACUUUCUCUAAAUAUGCAUUUUCAGUUAUUUCCACAGUUGUUGCCAUUUGAUGUAUAAGAUUGUCACACUCGGUGUAUAUCAGAUGGUAAACCUUUAGUAAGAUGUAAAUAGUUUGCUUUUUAGAGUUGUUUAUUAUAUCUUAUAUCUGACACAUGCAGUAAUAAAGGUAAAGGACUAA